UUAUUUUCCUAGUGCGUGCGCCGUGCGUGUUUGAGUAUAUAGAUAUAUAUAUAUGUAUAUUAUUUGAUUACGAUUGCUCACAUCGAAUGCUUUGUGCACUGUAAUUCGUAAUAAUAUGGUGUUGUUCCCAGCGCCUUAGCAAACGUUCAACUGUCAACGAUCGUCGAUUCUGUGUCUACAAUCGGUGUCCACUGUCCAGGCACCGCCGCCGUAAGCCGUUGUACACUCACGCACAUUAUAUUAUAUCAAAACAUCGUCAGUACCAUGUCGAACUCGCAUAGAAUGCGUUACAAAAACGAAGGCGUUGACUCCAAGGAGUUACGCCGACGGCGCGAAGAAGAAGGCAUACAGUUGCGCAAGCAAAAGCGAGAUAUUCAGCUUUUUAAGAGACGCAACAUCAAUGACGGUAUUGAGAACGAUGAUCUCGAUUCUGCUGUACCAAAUAUUGUGUCAGAAGCAUGCAAUAUCAAUGAUGAACUAAUUAAACAUUUAUAUAGUAACAAUGAGGAAGAUCAACUAAAGGCAACACAAAAGUUCAGAAAGUUAUUGUCAUCGGAACCCAAUCCGCCUAUUGAUGCGGUCAUUGGUACUGGUAUUAUCCCUCGGUUUGUUGAAUUUUUGAAAAAUACUACAAACAGUCAACUUCAAUUUGAAGCAGCAUGGGCACUGACAAAUAUCGCUUCUGGAACAUCAGAACAAACCCGAAAAGUAAUGGAAGCUGAUGCCGUGCCCGUUUUUAUAUUCUUAUUGGAAUCGUCCCAUGAAGAUGUACAAGAACAAGCCGUUUGGGCUUUGGGUAAUAUUGCUGGUGAUUCCCCAAUGUGUCGUGAUUAUGUUUUAAGCAUGAACAUAAUGAAGCCAUUAUUACAACUUCUACGGAAUUGUUCACGUUUGUCAAUGACUCGUAACUCAGUUUGGGCUCUAUCUAACUUGUGUCGUGGUAAAUCUCCACCUCCAGAUUUUAAUAUGGUAUCGCCUGCUUUGCCUGUUUUGGCUGAAUUGCUGACACAUUCUGAUGCUGAUGUAUUAGCUGAUACGUGUUGGGCUUUAUCUUAUUUAUCUGAUGGCCCAAAUGAAAAAAUUCAGGCGGUUAUCGAUGCUGGAGUUUGCCCAACUCUAGUUGAAUUACUUAUGUGUACGCAGAAUAAUGUUGUUUCCGCUGCCUUACGAGCUGUUGGCAAUAUUGUAACUGGUGAUGAUGCCCAAACACAAGUAGUGUUAAACUGUUCAGUACUACCAUGUCUACUCAGCCUAUUGGGUUCGCCAAAAGAAACUAUUAGGAAGGAAGCCUGUUGGACAAUUUCGAAUAUUACAGCUGGAAAUAAAAACCAAAUACAAGCUGUGUUGAAUGCAAAUAUUUUCCCCACACUAAUUCAUAUAAUGGGCACAGCCGAGUUCAAAACUAGAAAAGAAGCAGGCUGGGCUAUAACAAAUGCUACAUCUGGUGGAACGCAAGAACAAAUACAAUAUUUGGUCGAAAAUAAAUGUAUUCCUCCAUUAUGUGAUUUGCUGACUGUGACGGAUGUUAAAAUAAUCCAAGUAGCAUUAAAUGGGUUAGAAAACAUUUUAAAACUCGGAGAACAGUUAUCUAAACAAACAGGUACCGUUAACCAAUAUGCCGUGCUCCUGGAAGAAUGCUACGGAUUAGAUAAAAUAGAGUUCCUGCAAUCUCAUGAAAAUAUUGAAAUCUAUCAAAAGGCGUUUGGCAUCAUUGAACGCUACUUUGGUUCAGAUGAAGACGAUCCUCGAGUUGCGCCAUCUGUACAAGAAUCUGCUGAACAGUUUGAUUUUAGAGAUCAGAGUGUUCCUAUGGCUAGAUUUGAAUUUUAACCGUUGCAGGAAUUAUGAUUUGAAAAUUAUUUUUUUCUUUUUGUUUUGUUGUCCUUGAUUACGCAUCAAAAAUUAUACAAAACGUAAAACAGAUAUUUUGUAUCUUUAAAAAAAAAUUGUGACUGAUCAUACUCAACUACUGGCAUAUUUCUUUAAAAAUAACGAAAUAUAAAUAAGAACAUCUUAGUAAAAGAUUUUUUUUUUCGACUAGUGAUUUUACAAUUUUCUUUAUUUUUAACUAGCAAAUAUUUGCUCGGUGAUUUAAAAUCUUACCAUUUCAAUAUCAAUAAACUUAUGUUUUUAGUAAUAUUGUGUAAUAUUGAUGUACAAUCACCACAUUGUGUGAAAACUUCAAUUUACAAUAUUGUAAUAAAAUAUAAAACAAUUUUUAUAUUGUACCUAAUUUGAUGAGUUGUAAGUAAUCAGUUUUUUUUUUUAUGAAAUUGUAAUAUUAUCAUUAUGAAUAUUAAAAAAUUAUUGUAUUGCCUUA